GCAUCACUGUAAGAAUGGAUGACAGCUUUUUCUCAUUCCUUAAUCCUAACACAUUUCAACAUCCUUUCCAUUGGAGGGAGUAACCCUGAGGUAAAGCAUGAACUAUUCUUAUAAAAUGAGGAUUUACUUUGUGAGGAAGGACCAUGGAGGAGUUAAUUUGAUCAGCUACCACCUUCUCAAGAAAGAAGAGAUUUGGUUGGUCAGGAAGAUGAUGGUAUCGUCCAACUGGACUUCGGUUGAGGAAUUCGUGUUGCUGGGAUUUGGAAUUGGACCACACAGCAGAUUGCUGCUCCUCAUCUUUUUCACUAUUCUCUAUGUGCUCACCUUGGUUGAGAAUAUCACCAUUAUUAUCUUGGUGCUUCUGGACACCCACCUGGGCCAGCUACCUAUGUACAUCCUGCUGAGCAAUUUCUCCUGGUUAGAAAUGUGCUAUGUCUCCACAACGGUGCCUCGCAUGCUCUUUGAUUUAGCAGUCCCUGGUGGCAUCAUCUCCUUCAAUGAGUGUUUCAUCCAGUUCUACAUCUUCUUCUCCCUUGGCUGCACCGAAUGUUUUUUCCUCUCAACAAUGGCUUUGGAUCGGUAUGUGGCCAUCUGCCGCCCUCUGCACUACCCACACAUUAUGUCUCACAGCUUCUGCUACCUUAUGGUGGCUCUUUGUUGGAUUGUUGGCUUUCUGUGGUACCUUGUUCCAGCAAAGUUGAUCUCUAAGUUGUCCUUUUGUGCUGCCAACGUCAUUGACCACUUCUUGUGUGAUCCUGGUCCAAUCCUAUCCUUGGCUUGCCCUCCACUUGGAAAAGCUCCCAUUUUCAGCCAGAUUUGUCUCAAUGGUCUCCUCAUAGGCAAUAUCUCCUUUGUUGUGGCCUCCUACAGCACUGUGAUUUUCACUCUAGCCAAGACCUCCGACAGUCUUAGGAAGGGCUUUUCUACCAUCUCUUUCCAUUUAAUUGUGGUCUCACUUUUCUAUGGCUCAGUGGCAGCGAUGUAUUUAUUGCCAGGUGGGGAAAGUCAAUUAGGGGUCACAAAGGCUGUGACCCUCUUCUAUACCGCCAUUACACCCUUUCUCAAUCCUUUGAUCUAUUGUCUGAGGAACAAUCAAGUGAAGGAAGCCCUUGGCAGAUUGCUAACAAGAAAGGUGAUAACCUGCAUCUUGAAUUUCACCUGGAAGCAUACCAUUAACCGCUGCAGCUCACAAAGAAGGAAAGCACAUGCUCACCAUUUCCCAUUGCAUUCUGGGUCAACUGACGCUUCCAAGUAGUCUUCAAGGGCAGAUCUAUCUAGAGUGCAUUGCAGUAAUCAAACUACAAGGUGACUCAGACAAGAGUGACCAUCUGAAUGGCUUUCUAAUACAGGACAGGGUACAAAUGGUGCAUAAGAAGCUGUGCAAAUACCGAGAGAACCUCCAGAUUGGGAACUACUUUUGAAUGUGGAUGUGCAAUCUAAGAUUAAAGGUGGAAAACCCAUCAUCAGGGGGGGGGCAUAAAAUCCACAGCUAGUCAGUAGGAUUAUCUCAAAAUCUGCUUCUCCCCAUCCAGAUUGGCACAACUUUUAGACACUGAGAUAAGACCUCAACCUGGCCAGCUUGGGGUCAGGAGUUUUAAAUGGGUAUCAUCAGUAUAUCAAUAAUAUUGUCCUCUAAGCUAGCAGAUGAUCUAAUGCUAUGGUUUCAUGUAAAUAUUAAACUGGGGUGGAGAGAGGAAUGAGCUUCUGACACCCCACAAAGGAAAGGCCAAGACCUCUUUCCUAUCAACAAAACAUGUUUUUAAAUAUCCUGAAACAAAGUUUAAUGCUUGUCAGGUAUCUGAAUCUGGGAACUAAAGGCUUACAAAAUCUCAAACAUUUGAGAUAAGGGGAUAUUGUAUAUUGUUAGUUGUUAUACAAGAAGAAAUAUAGGUAACAAAAAUAGUCUCCAGGGAGGUGGGUGCACUGUAAUAUUUGUAUUUUUAUAUUGUUUUUUAUUUAAACUUAUAUGUAUUAUGUUUGUAUUAUUUGAAUGUGAAUAAAAUUAUUUUAAAAAUUUCAAACAUUUGUCAGAUGAACCUAUAACUUUCUCAUAUGCUUCAAAAAAUGACAACAAUAAAAUAUUCUCCAAUGAAAUGUAGCAGAUUUUAUUUUGAAAUAAUUUUAAUAGGAUUGCAUAGUAAGGUCUUUUAAGAACAAACACAACCCAUAGUGUUAAAAUAUUCAAGGAUUCUGUCUGAAUGUAGUGGAAUUGUGGACGAAACAAACUC